AUGUCUCCCUUCCACUUCCGCCGCCGCUCCAGCGCCGCCUCGAACUCCAGCGCCUCCUCUCACGGCGCCGAAACAUCUACUGCCACUCCUGUCGCUCCUUCCACCAUCUCUACGGCUGCCGUUACACCCAGCCCUUCCGCUGUCUCGUCCCCCUCCGCGUCCUCCGUCUCCAUAAUCGCACCCCACAUCCCGGCGUUCACCGACGAUGUCGAAGUCAGCAUUCCAGCGCGGGGCUCGCGUCUCGGCGACGCCCUACGGCGCGCCAAGCGCUGGAUAGAGGUAGACGAUGUCGACGGGCUCUCCUUCGACCCCGUCAAGUCCCUCCAACCGUCCAAGCUUUCUUGGCACACGAUCUAA